AUGGAGGAAGAGCGACUUUGGAAGUUCCGACGGCCCGAGUGGCUUAACACGGUCUGGGCCCGAAAUGCUGGUGUCUACAGCGCUGGAGCUAUUUUCUCCAUCGCCUUUUACAUCAUGCUCGAUUCCGCAGUUUGGUCCAAGUCAUCGCGCAACGGCUCCGAUAUCCAUGUCAAGUUUGUUGACUGGCUGCCCUUUAUCUUCUCCAGUUUGGGCAUGCUUAUCAUCAACUCGGUCGAAAAGCAACGCCUGAGCGCCGAUUCCUUCAGCUACAGCGGCAAUGGGGUAGCGUGGAAGGCUCGGGUGGUCCUGUUCUUAGGGUUUGCUGCUCUCGCUGGUGGAAUGGCCGGUGGUGUCACCGUCUUUGUUCUCAAGUUCGUUGUGCCCAGCGUCGCUAUGCCUGCUCUUGGUAUGGGAAUUGAGAAUGUGCUCAGUAACGCUCUUGUUGGCGUUAGCUCUGUCGUCCUUUGGAUCAGCCAGAACAUGGAAGACGAGUACUCCUACAACCUCUCUCUGUAG